CCUCGAUCAUCAACCAGUCAAACUUCAGAAUAAUAAUCUCCAAUAACCACCACCAAACACUACGCUACCGACACAACUAUAUCUCGCAUUCACGACCGCACCACAUUCACGAUGCGCGACAAUCGCACGCACCCGCUGCUCCAGCAACUCCCUCUAACCGUCUCCCCCUUCGUCAACCUCCCCACCGCCACCACCCUCCCCUACCGCUACAAACCAAUGCCAUCCACCCUGCCCCCCUCCACAACAGGCAUCACCGCAACAACAACAGCAUCCACAACCAACCCGGAAGAUUCCGCCCCCGGCGGCAGCAACAACAACAACACCACCGACCCCACCUCCGCACGCCCCACCAGCAGCAACCACCGCCAGCAAAAACCGCGAUACGUCGUCUCCGCCUCGGGCCACGCCGCGCACCCGGACGAGAUCCUGGCCUCGUGCCGCGCCCUGCACGCCCACGUCGCCCAGAUGUGUGCCGCGGCCGAGGCCGACGUCGCGCGCGUCGACGCCCGCAUCCGCGCCGAGGAGCUCGCCGAGAAGAGGCGCGUUGCGCCCGGGUGGUUGGAUAGCGAGGCGAGGUUGCUGGAGCCGGAGCGUCCUGCUGGGUCAACUGGGGCGGCUGCGAGUGGGGGUGAGGGUGGGGGGUUGAUGGAGGCGGGGGAUGGGCUGCUGCAGGGUGGUGGCUACGUGUGGGGUGGUCGUGGGCAAGGGGAGAUGCUAUUGCAGCAGCCUGUGAGGGGGGUUGGGGAGGCUUAUGGGGCUGGGAAUGGGUCUGGAGUAAAUGGGCCGCCUGGGAGUGGGUAUGGUGAUGGGCAUGGGCAUGGGAGGGGAGGGGCGAGUGAGAUGGCGGUGCCGGACGAAGGGGAGGAGUUGGAUAGGGCGUUUGGGAAGCUGGAGAUGGGGCAGUGAGGGACGAACUGAUGAUGAGUUCGUCAUGGAAGGGAAGGCCCCCGCUUUUGUUACGUUGAUGGACAGCCAGAAGACCGAAAUCAGUGUCCAGAUUUUCAGUGCUGAAAGAUUGUCCGCACAAACUAACUUCAGGGUCACUGAGACUCGGUGUGCGGCAACUCAUUUGGUGGAGUGACCAACUAGCCCGCAAAACUGGCUACAGCGGAGGCAUGAGAGGCAGAAUCUUCACUGACAUCCCACGACUCACCCAAGCUCCAGUCGCGCCCACCUCGCUCCUGCUCCUGCACACCAGCAUCAAGCUAUCCACCCAAUACCCAGACCCUUCCACGGCCGGAGCUCGUCUUGGCUCCAUACCGAGCCUAUUCACGCCUCGCACGGAUCCUGCAUACAGAGGGCUGCACCUGUGCCAUAGGCACUGUCAGCUGCCGCACAAACGUGGCUAAAAUGUCCUGUCGUUCCUCAAACAUCCACCUCAAGACAUCGGACCCCUCGGC